CUUCCCGCCCGUUCCGCGUACUCUAGAUUUCUCUUUCCACUUCUACAGCAAUCGAGAACAACAGGAAUCAGUAAAAAAGCGACGCUUCCCCUUCCGCAUCUCAGUUCCCAAACCAGCGAAAAUCACCAUCACCCCUUCCACUUCCGGAUUGCAACAAAAAAAUCAUCCUACCUCAGCCAACGUCGACAAGGGCGUUGUCGAUCUCGCUGCUUCCUCCUAGUACACUACAUUGACAUGAAACAGGAGGGUGAAAAAAGGAAGAUUCUAGAUCAAGAGUAGCUAUAUAUUGACAAUGAUACCAAUGCAGGGUGAGCUUACCACAAUAUCUGAUCUUCGUCUAUCAACAACAAAUGCUGUUUUACAUGUAAGAGUAUCAAGGAUGUGGGAAUUCAGAGAGGGAGGAAAUGAAAAAGGGAAUAUAAAGCAUCUUGACUUGGUUCUCAUUGACCAGAAGGGUGAUGCAAUCUAUGCUGAAAUACCACCAGAUGUAAUACCAAUUUUAAAGCCUCAGCUGUGCGAAAAACUAAUCAUUUUCAUUGGCAAGUUUGUGGUUGAAAAAGCUAAACCUGGAUACAAGGUGGUGCAAAACCCAUAUAUGCUGAGGCUGAACAGAAGGACUACCAUUGCCAAAUCAAAUGCUCAUGAUCUGGAAUUUCCAAAAUACACAUUCUCAUUGACUCCAAUUGAAAUAUUGCCACAAUUUGUUAAAAAUAAAGAACGAUUCCUAGAUGUACUUGGAAAAAUCACCGCUGUCUCAAAUCCUGCAGUAGUGCGUAACACUGUAGGAGACAUCAUGAUGAGAAGAAUAAUAAAGCUGCAGGACCUAAGGUAUGCAGGUUCUAGAGUUUGAUGGUGAUGCUGUCCUUAAAAUUGGAGAAAAGAACCAUAUAAUUGCUAUCUUUGUUGGCACCUUAAUGAAACAAUAUAAAGAUGGAACACAAUUUCUAAGUGGAACAUCAGCUUGUUGCUGGUAUAUCAACGAGAAUGACGUACCUGCAAUAAAAGCUUUUCA